AUUAUAAAUAACCUGUGCUAAUGGCACAAUCUAGUGCUCCUAAUUGAAUUGCGUGUGAACCUGUGAGGCUGUGACUGGGUAGGUUGGCAAGGUUGCUCGUGCUGUUACAGUUACACCCACCACCAUCAACAAUGUUGACGGUCUUGCUGAAGGCAGGCAUUAUGAAGAAUGUUGGAGUGAUCUUUCUCAUCACUAUUGUGGCAACAAUUAUAUAUCAAUUCAACCUGCCACCACCACCACGGUUAUGUGGCCUUCCUGGUGGACCGCCCAUAACAGCACCAAGGGUCAAGCUAAGGGAUGGUAGAUAUUUGGCAUACAAAGAGAUUGGCGUACCUAAGGAGAACGCCAAGUUCAAGGUCAUAUUUGUUCAUGGUUUUGGCAAUUCCAGGCAUGAUGUGGUUGUUGCAGCUAAUCUUCCUCGGAGAUUUAUUGAACAGUUGGGAUUGUACAUAGUGUCAUUUGAUAGGCCAGGUUAUGGAGAGAGUGAUCCAGAUCCAAAGAGAACAGUGAAAAGCAUGGCUUUGGAUAUUGAAGAGCUUGCUGACCAGUUGAAGCUUGGAGAUACAUUUUAUUUGAUUGGAUUUUCCAUGGGCGGGCAAACAGUCUGGGGUUCCCUAAAAUACAUUCCCCACAGGCUGGCAGGAGCAGCCCUAUUAGCUCCAGUUGUGAAUUACUGGUGGAGUGGCUUCCCUGCUGACUUAGCUAAGGAAGCCUUUCAAAAGCAGGCACCACAGGACCAAUGGGCGCAAACUGUUGUUUACUACUUUCCACGGCUAACUUACUGGUGGAACACCCAAAAGCUCUUUCCUGGUUCCAGUGUUGCUGCUGGAAAAGCUGAACUCAGUCCACAGGAUCUUGAACUUAUCCCAAAGAUCAUUUCACUUGGAACAGAUCACAGGGGACAGGUGAAGCAACAAGGGGAAUUUGAGUCACUCCAUCGGGAUAUGAUGAUUGGAUUUGGGAGCUGGGAAUUUAGUCCUAUAAAUCUCACGGACCCCAUUCCGAGCAGGCAAGGAUCCGUUCAUCUAUGGCAGGGCAAUGAGGAUACCCUUGUUCCAGUCACGUUGCAAAGAUACAUUGCCCAAAAACUUCCAUGGAUUAAGUACCAUGAAGUUGCAGGAGCCGGGCAUUUGUUUCCAUUUGCUACAGGAAUGGCUGAAGCUAUUCUCAGAGCACUGCUGCUUGGUGUAGAUCCCUAAGACAGCAGGAUAGGAUCCAUACGUCCUGGAAUAUGAUACUAUACUAUAAAUAGUUCAUUACAAGGAACAUUUGGCAAUGCUUUGUAUGUUUGUGGUAGCUUAUAAAUAGUUCCAUGUAUCAUAAUACUAUGUAAUUCAUACCCUUUUUGCUGACAAUGAAAUAUAUUGUAAAUUAUACUCAAAGAAA